GCUUGACGGAAUCAGACUUCUCAAAAAGAAUUGCCAAAUUUGGUUCAAACGUUAUUCCUCCAAAGCCUCCAAAAUCCUUCAUUAGACUCGUGCUUGAAGCAUUACAAGAUUUGACUCUUAUCAUACUAAUGAUUGCCGCAUUUGUUUCCCUUGCUCUCUCACUUUACAUAAAAUAUGGAUAUCUAAAACUAUCCUCAACCAACGUGGCUACUAGAUCUUCUAGGCUUGAGUCAGCUCGGUGCAACCCAAAGGAUUGA